AGUACGAUCCGAGGACUUUGAACAAGUGAACGAGAUCAGGAUGAAUCGUACAAUGGAUGAAAAGGAAGAAUUGGUGAAGAAGUCCUUAUUUAGUUUUGUGAGAAAAGAAGUACCCACUGCCCAGUUGAGUUUAAUAGAUGAUAUUGUUCUGAGCUAUGUGGUGAGUAUGGUAGAAAAAAGUGCACUUGAGGAAGACUUGGAUGUUGAUGGAUUAUGUGAAAUGGUAUCUGCUUGUCUUCCUGAAUUUUCUACCAUUGAAAAGGAAGCUGUGUCCAAAUGGUUAUUAGAUAUUGAAAGUAAACUAAAGCAAGAAACUAAAGGCAGUGAAAAUUUGCAAGCUCAGGAUCCCUUAAGUCAGAUAAGUCUAUCAGCUUUGUUACCUCCUGGUACACAAAGAAUGAGAGUUCAUCAUCUCUCAGAAACAAGCGAUGCUGGAAGUGAUUCUAGUGGAGAAUACUUCGCAGAAGAAUCAUCUUGGCAUCAAGUUGCACUUUUACAAGAAAUGUUCCCAGCUGCAAGUCCAGCAGAAGCCAGACAUUGUUUGGCAGUUGCUGGUGGUGAUAUAGCACAGGCAGCACAACUUGUUCUUCAUAGACAAGAAGCAGGACAAAGCAUUGUUAGUAAUCUUACAUUUUUAACACCAAACGGUCGUAACAAGGCCAGAGUGAACGACGAGGAACUGAAGUCACGUAUCAUCGCACGGUAUAGUUACGUCGACAGAGAUGAUGAUUCGCGUGAGCACCGUCCAGUUGCCCCAAAAACGGAACCAAAAAAAUUAGUACGCUAUCUGGACAACAAGAUCGUGAGCGUGAAGGGUGAACGUUACACUGAAGUGAGAAGGGGCGGCGAAGAGGAGGAUGGCAACGAAGGUGGUAGGAAAAGGGGUCAUUGCCGACCGUAACCAGUCCCUUUGCCUCCACCCCCCGAUC